AUGAGCAGCAAUUCAUAUUUGGUGGUCGGAUUGCUAGAGAAGAUGGACUCUAGCGAUACCGAUUUUCGGUACAUGGCCACCAAUGAUUUAAUGAAUGAGCUUCAGAAGGAUGGGUUUACUUUGGAGGAAUCUACUGAAAAAAGAGUGGUUCAAAAAGUAAUAAAAUUAAUGGAUGAUGCUAAUGGAGAAGUGCAGAAUUUGGCAGUUAAAUGCCUCGCUCCACUUGUCAAAAAAGUUCGUGAGCCACAGCUGCAAGAAAUCGUUGAUCAACUUUGCAGCUACACAACACAACCAGGAAAAGAAGAAUUACGGGAUAUUGCUGGCAUUGGCUUGAAAACCGUCAUUGUUGAAAUACCAAGUAAUCCUAGUGCUAGUAAUGUGAUGCUACGAUUAAUUCCAAGACUUCUUGCACAGCUUGAAGAUACAAAUGCUACAUACGAAGUAAAAAUGGAUACCCUUGAUAUUUUAAGCGAACUCCUCGCCCGUUUUGGACAUUCCGUAGCUAAUAACCCACAAGUUCAAAAGAGAAUCCAAAAUGUUUUAGUACCACUUUUGGGUCAUUCGAGACCGGCCUUUAGAAAGAGAACUACUGUUGCUCUUGGUAAUCUCGUGACACAUACUCCUGACGACUUAUUUAAUGAAUUAGUACAACAAUUACUGGUGGAAUUCGGCAGAGCUGGCGAACAAAAUGAUAAAUUGAAAACAUUAGUUCAAUGCACAAAAUCCUUUUUUGUUAGUCGAUCAAGUGCACCAAGAUUAGGAAAACACCUACCUCAAUUCUUACCAUUAGUAAUUAAAAAUGUCGAUGCUUGCGAUGAUGAUGAAUUACGUGAAAAUUGCCUGCAAGUUAGUUGUAAUACAUUUCAUUUUAUGGAUUAUUCUGAUGACGAUGAUAUCUCAUGGAAAGUGCGUCGUUCCUCUUCAAAAGUACUUGCAGCCAUUGUUGGCACACGACACGAACUUCUUUCUCAAUUAUAUCAAAGCGUUGCCCCAGCUUUGGUAAAUCGAUUUAAAGAAAGGGAAGAAUCUGUACGCGUUGAUGUUCUCCAAACGUUCAUUGUGUUGCUUAGACAAACGUUGGUGUAUGGUGGUGAAAGUUACGUAACAAGAGAAAAUGAUCAUGAGCCUAAACGCAGAAGAGCAAUUGGUCCUAGUGAGUCUCAAGAAAGCCCCAAACAAAUGCUUCGAAAUUUAGUAGCUAAACUUAGCCGAAACCUUUCAAAGCAGUUGUUAUCAAAAUCCAUUGUCACAAAACAAACUGGAUUUGUUCUUCUAAGAGAAUUGGUUACAGUAUUAAAUGGAGGUCUUGAUAAUCAUCUCAAUACCUUCAUUCCAGCCAUCGAAAAUUCUUUAUCCACCUCAUCAGAUGUUUCGCAUCAUCAUUCUAGCACAAAUUCUAAUCUAAAGAUUGAAACUUUGAGUUUUCUCCGACAAUUAUUUAAAGUUCAUCCCCCACAAGUCUUCCAUAAUUAUCUUGAUAGAUUAUGUCGACCUAUAAUUUCCUCUGUCGAGGAUAAAUUUUAUAAGAUUACAUCUGAAGCUUUCUUAGUCUGCAUCGAAUUAGUUAAAGUUAUUCGCCCUAUCGAGUAUAAUGUACAAACUAAGACAUAUAACGUUCAGACAUUGAAUCCUUCUUUCAGAUCAUAUAUUUUGGACAUUUAUAACGUCACCAUUGCACGUCUCUCAACAACCGAUGCUGACCAAGAAGUUAAGGAACGUUCUAUUAUGUGUUUGGGUGUACUUAUAUCUCAAUGUGGUGAUAAUUUAAAAGAAGAACUCAAAGUUUGCAUGCCAAUGCUCUUGGAUCGCCUGAGAAAUGAAGUUACGCGUUUAACGACUGUAAAAACCUUUACAAGUAUUGCUGAUAGUACAGUUUGUGCCAGUGAAGAAGUAAAACAAGCCGUAAUUGGAGCUAUCAAUGAAGUUGCAGUUUUACUUAGGAAGAGUCAUCGUCAAUUAAAGGUUGCUAGUUUAGUAUGUUUGGAGGUUUUCGUUCGAAGAUAUGGUAAUUUCUUGGGUCCUGCAAGUUAUUCUCGCGUACUUGAAGAAUUGACACCUCAUAUUUCAGACCAAGAUCUUCAUCUAUUACCAUUAGCUCUAAAUACCGUAGUAUCUGUCUUGCGUACUAACCCGCAAUCACUUGGAGCUGUAUACAAAGAUAUAUUACCUUCCAUUUUCCAACUUGUACAAUCGACUCUUGUGCAAGGAGCCGCAUUAGACAGUUUAUUGGUUCUAUUCGAAACUUUAAUAGCAACUAAUGAAGCCGACUUUAACAAAUUACUAAACGGAUUGAUUCAACCCGCUUUGGUUGCGGAACCAGGUCAAUUAACACUUUCAAAACAGGCAUAUUCAACAAUUGCACAAUGUAUUGCCGUACUCUGUGUAAUAUCCCAAAGAAAUUGUUCAUCAACUGUUAAUGAUUUUUCAAAGAAAAUAUCGGAUCAAAAACAAUCCGAUUCAGUGAAAUAUUUAUCUUUGUUAGCUUUAGGCGAAAUCGGACGUAAAGUUGAUUUAAGUAAGCACGCCAAUCUACAUGUUAUUAUACUAUCUUUGUUUUCGGUACCUUCCGAGGACAUAAAAUCAGCAGCUGCGUUCGCGCUCGGCAAUGUAAGCGCUGGUAAUGUUGGUAAAUACUUGCCAAUCGUUAUCAGGGAGAUCAAAGAGGAUCCAAAGAAGCGGUACCUAUUAUUACAUGGGCUUAAAGAAAUUAUUUCUCGUUAUUCAAAUGAAGAAGGUGUCAAAGCUCUUGGUCCAUUUGCUGAUGACAUUUGGAACAUUUUGUUUGAUAGUGGUGAAAAUAUAGAGGAAGGAACUCGUAGCGUUGUUGCCGAGUGUCUCGGUAAACUAACGUUAGCAAAUCCCAAUAAAUUUUUACCAGAACUUCAGAAACGUUUACGUUCUAUAUCGGCUCAAACUCGUGGUACAGUUGUCACGGCUAUAAAAUUUACAUUUAUAAAUCAAGGACAAGGAUAUGAUGAAUUAUUACGACCUUUAAUUGUGGAUUUUUUGUCAUUAAUACAAGACAAUGAUUUGAAUGUACGUAGACUUUCGUUGUCAACCUUGAACUCAGCGGCUCACAACAAACCAUAUUUGAUCCGUGAUGUUUUGAAUCAACUAUUACCUUUGUUAUAUGAAGAAACCCUUAUAAAGGAGCAUCUCAUCCAUAUGGUUGAAAUGGGACCAUUCAAACAUAAAGUAGAUGAUGGUCUUGAUAUUAGAAAGUCUGCUUAUGAAUGCAUGUAUACUUUACUCGAAACAUGCCUCGACAAGCUUGAAAUAUAUAACUUUCUCACGCGCGUUGUUGAAGGAUUAUCGGACCAACAUGAUAUUGCUAUACUUUCACAUACAAUGUUGAUUCGAUUGGCGCGCGUUGCACCAACGGCAGUUACGCAAAGACUUGAUGAGGCUGUGGAGCCACUCAAAGGAACGCUUACAUACAGAAUGAAGGAUAACGCUGUUAAAUCAGAGAUCGAUAAAAACAAUGAAUUAUGUCGAUCAGCCGUGAGAGUUGUAGUAACCUUGGCUAAACUGGCUGAGCAUGGCGGAAGCACACCCAAAUUCGAUGCUUUUGUUAGAGAUACUAAAGUUGGGCAGUGGGGUGAACAGUAUAAUGCUUAUCAUAUUGAACUAGAAAGUAAAGAAUUUGGUAUAGGACACGGUGGGGAUACCAUGGAUCUUUCAUAA